AUGUUUGCGACAAGAGCGUUUCGACCGGCCACGCAGCUGUCACGGCACGCCCGCCGCUGGGCCUCCGAAUCGACCCAAAGCGCCGCCGGUAGCAAUGCCCUGCUCUACGGAGGUGCUGGCGCCGGUGCCCUCGGCCUCGGUGCAUGGUACUUGAACAGCGGCGCCCAGAAAGCCGAUGCGGCACCCUCGAGCAAAGAGGAAGAGAAGAACAUCCCCGGCAAGGCGGACGCACCUCUCAAAGUCUUCCAGGGCGGCGAUCAGGGCUUCAUCCCUCUAGUGCUUGACAAGGUCGAGGAGCUCAACAAGAACACCAAGCAGUUCCGGUUCAAGUUCGAUGAGCAGGAUGCUGUGAGCGGUCUGACGAUUGCGAGCGCGCUGGUCACGAAGUACAAGGGCCCAAAUGACGAGAAGCCUACGAUUCGGCCAUACACUCCUGUCAGCGACGAAGACUCCACCGGCUAUCUGGACUUUAUCAUCAAGCGCUACCCCAACGGCCCAAUGUCCGAGCACGUCCACGAUAUGAAGCCCGGCGACAAACUCGAGAUGAAGGGCCCUAUCCCAAAGUACCCAUGGCAAGCCAACAAGCACAACCACAUCGCUCUCAUCGCUGGCGGCACCGGUAUCACGCCCAUGUGGCAGCUCGCACGCGCAAUCGCCAAGAACCCAGACGACAAGACGAAAGUCACACUCGUAUUCGGCAACGUUACUGAAGACGACAUCCUUCUGCGAAAGCAGUUCGAGGAGAUCGCCAAGGAGAAGCCAGACCAAUUCCGGAACUUCUACGUGCUCGACAACCCGCCUGAGGGCUGGAAGCAGGGCAAGGGCUUCAUCACAAAGGAUCUGUUGAAGGAGACGAUUCCUGGCCCGAAGGAGGAGAACAUCAAGGUCUUCGUUUGUGGUCCGCCGGGCUUGUACAAGGCCAUCUCUGGUGCCAAGAAGAGCCCAGCGGAGCAGGGUGAGCUGACUGGCUAUCUGUCUGAGCUGGGCUACGACCAGUCGCAAGUGUACAAAUUCUAG